AAAAUGGAGAGUUGAACUCUUAUUAAAGCAUUCCUGUAAUGCCUCUGUAGAUCACCAGAAAUUACAGAUUAGACACCUGAACAAUGCUGCUGCAUCCAACACUGAUCACUUUUGCUCUGGGAAUAUCCCUGCUAAAAACAUCCACUGCAAGUCCAAGCCAGAGUGUUCAAAAAUGGGAUCCAAAUGCAUGUGCAAUAGUUGUAUGUGGACCUGCUCAGAACGGAUUACCAGGCAGAGAUGGAAGAGAUGGGAAGGAAGGCCCUAAAGGAGAAAAGGGAAGUCAAGGAUUACAAGGAUUAAAGGGGUCACAAGGUCCCCCAGGAAAGAUGGGCCCUGGUGGACUAGUAGGAGGGAAGGGCUCACCAGGAGAAAAAGGCACAAAAGGAGAUAUUGGAGCUAGAGGAUUACAAGGAGUCCCAGGUUUGAAGGGUAACCCAGGCAAUGUGGGCCCUUCUGGGCCAAAAGGGGAUAAGGGUUCACCAGGCGAAAAAGGAGUAAAAGGGGAGAGAGGCCUGCCAGGAACUACAGGUUCACAGGGCCAGCCAGGAAUCGCAGGCUCCCCUGGGCCAAAAGGGGACAAAGGUUCAGUAGGUGAAAAGGGAGCAAAAGGAGACAAAGGAGACAGAGGGUUACAAGGAAGCUCAGGUUUACAGGGCCCCAAAGGGCAAAUUGGUUCUCCUGGGCUAAAAGGUGAUAAAGGUUCAGUAGGUGAAAAAGGAACAAAGGGAGACAGUGGACUAUCAGAGAUCAAUCUCCUUAAAAGACAAGUAAGUACUUUGGAAGGGCAGCUGAGAGCUCUGCAAAGCAGCUUCUCCAAGUACAAACAAGUUAUAAUGUUCCCGAAUGGCAGAAUUGUUGGUGAAAAGAUAUUCAUGACCAGUGGCUAUGAAGGCAACUUUGACAGUCUGAAACAAAGGUGUUCCCAAGCUGGAGGCCAGCUUGCUUCUCCUCGGAAUGCCGCCGAGAAUGCAGCCAUCCAGCAGAUAGUUGUUUUGUACAACAAAUCAGUGUUUCUUGGGAUAAAUGAUAUUCAGACAGAGGGUCGUUUCAAGUAUCUAAAUGGAGAAAACAUUGUGUAUUCCAACUGGCAAACAGGGGAACCAAAUAAUGACAAAGGUAUUGAGGACUGUGUAGAAGUCUAUUCAAGCGGAAAGUGGAAUGACAAAUCCUGUGGAGAGAAACGGCUAAUUGUGUGUGAAUUUUAAACCACCUGUCAUAUUGCCUUUGUUUCACUUGAUGGAAGUGACAAAAGAUGUAGUAUGUUAGAAUCAAAUAUCUAGGGGCUUUUAAAGGGGCUUUUAAAGGAUAUCAAAGUUCAAAACAAAAUCAUCAGAUUCUGCUUGUUGUGCUAAACAAUGUUAGUUCAAGUAGAAGGUAGUUUUCCUUCAUGUACUGAGUCUGAUAAAAUCCAAAUAAGUAGAUGCAACCCCAUGCAGAAGGAUACAUUGAUGGAUUAGUCUCCUAGGAAAUACAAGACAGACUUGACAUUGUUCUGACUGGCCACAAGAGGUCACCUGUAUGGCUAAUGAACAUGCUUGGCAGUGCAUUCUCUUGCUUGGUUAACAUUUAUUAUUUAUUUUUCUAUUGCUGUACUCCAGAGACACUCCAUUCUAGGUUAGAGUUCAAUUGUGCAAGGAGCUGUACAAACACAAGGAAGACAUAGCCCCAAAGAGCUUAUAUUUGACUUUAAGAAGUAUUCUGUGCUUCUCUACUUGGAAUUAUUUCAGGACAUAUUUGUGUUAAAACAUGGAUCUGUUUGUUGAAAUGUAUAGUGACCUGAGAGGAAUAUAAGCCACCACAUUUUUUUA